AUGGCCGACUCAGGCAUUCCCGAUGAUAUCGCGAGAUUAUCGCUGGACUAUCAAUAUGAACCUCCCCCUCCGCCACCUCCAGAUAUUAGGACUGUGGGAAUAGUUCCUGUCGAUAUUACAGAUAAAUUCUCAGAAGCUGUCAACACCUUUGCACCCGGAGAUCUCGUCAAAGAUGACAUGUUUACGUUGUUUGAGUCCGUUGCGGCUCUUGAAAUCAUGGACCCUAAGAUGGAUAGCGGUUGCGUAGAGUCAACCGAUGAGCUUGAGGAGCUCUACGAUGUUACUCGGCCACUUCUGCCCGAGGAAGUGCUGGGAAUCAUAGAUCAGCUUCUUUGUCAUGAAAUGGCCUGGCAUCAAGGAUAUCCUCUGUCGCAGACACUCUUCACCAGUGUGUAUGCCGAAGCCCUUCUGACACCCACGCCGCGAACUGUCGAAGAUGCCCGUUUCGUCCGAAACUCCAACGCUGAGUCUUCCGGAAAUUCGAGCAUGCUGGAAAUCUUGAGAGCGUAUUGUCUUGGUUUGCUAAAGGCCUGUGGCUAUGUGAACGAGCGAAUCAGAUCAGAACACUACUACGAGGAAGAAGAUUUUGUGACAAACACGUACCAUCGUACUCUUCUUGCAGAGAUACAACCUGAAGACAUUCAAAAGUCUGUCCAAGAGGCCAGAAGUCUACUCGGUACACUGAACGAAAUCAGCGAUGAUCUCAGAGAAGCCCUGGACCAACGGCUGCAGCUAAGAUCGUGUUUCCUAGAUGCUACGGAAUGCCCCAAGCAUGUGAGGGAACCCGAUGUAGCGAGAAAACCAUGGCUGCAAUGUCUCGAUCUCCUCCCUGCGAUCAAGUCUUCUCACGAGCUAGGUCGAUCUGUUGACGAGGCUUUCAGCGCCAAGCUACAACGCAGACUUGCCAGUACCAUGCCUCCGAGGCCGAUUGUGCAGUUAAAGUUCGACGAUGCAUUCGAGCACUUGUCGAGAUUGUUCAAGGAUGGCGCUGAACUAAUUGAUGUCCUUAACUACACCGACUCUCAAUCUCUACAGACCUUCGUUUAUUACUUCCAAGCCAAGAAGCCCCAACCGCUGGUCUUUGUGCGAACUUUGCUUCAGACCUUUCUAUUUAACGAGAUGGAAAUCUUAGGUUCAAUGAGCAUCCGCCAGUUACUGGACGACGACUUUUCAAUCGUGACCCUACCAGCUAGCAUUCAACUUGAUCGCAGCAAUGAUGAAAUCGAGGUUCCUCAAGAUCCCCGGUUUAUAGUUGCUGAACAAAUGGAGCUUUUCCGGAAACGAGCUGCACAACCUUUUCUUGAUAUUUUCAGGACAUACUGCCAGAACCGAUGCCGUGUGCGACGCACGCUCUGUCACGUUAUUAGGGACUGGGAGAACCUUCAAGUCGACGCAGAAGAGAUUGAUCAAAACAUCCAAAUCAAGUUGAACGAGGAGCCCAUGAAGCGGUUGACCGGCACAAACAGUGUUCCGGUAGAGACAUGGUCGCUUCCACUUUCUUCAUGGACGUACUUGUACAAGAUUCGCCAAAUGGAAACGAUCGUGCAGCUUGGCUUCGAGCUGGAAGUUUACCAGCCAGAUGAACUUGCCGGCAUGUACUGGUAUCUCAACUACCUAGCCAAAUGGAGGCUACAGCACGCCGAAAGGAUCAAAUCAUUUAUCGUACGAAAGGUCGAGGAGUCGCGUGCGCCCUCCAGACCUCGAGAUCCUACCGUCGAUCGCCAGCUUGAACGAUCUCUUGCUUUUACUCGGCUCAUGCUUCUUGAUGCAGCUGUUACAUGGGAAUUGUCGGAUGCGCUAUCAUGUGUUUACACGAUCUUGCUACGACUGAAGCUGAUCAAGCUUCCUCCACGACCGUACAGCAACGACGAAUUACGUUUUGAUCUCCGCAUGCGACCAUUUGCCGCGAUUGGUCUCCCACCUCUACCUAACUUCCAAGAGUUCACAGAGGGUACUGCGCAGCCAGAAUCAUCUACAGUAGAUAUCCUCCGAUAUGCAGAGAGGGCACUUCGAGGUGCGAAGCAAGGACUUGAAGCUUUAAGCAAGUUGCCUGCCAGGGAUGCGUUCUCGGUUGGCUCUCACGAGAAAUGGGUUACGUCGAAGAAGAACGCCCUCAAGGCAUGCAUCGCAACAGGACUUGCAAUCACGACAGUCCAGAAGGCAUUGGAGAAGGAAGCGGAGGACUCGAUCAAGGCCGAGGUGCCAAUUCCGGAUAAGUGUUAUCACGACUGGUGGAUUGUGCCUCGUGUAAUCCCUGCUUAA